AAUUAAUCAAUUAAUCAAUAAAUCCGGCUCCGGAACGCGAGUCGGCUCCCAACGGGCAUCGAGAAGAGUCGACUCAGAGAGCCGGCUGAAACGACACGUCAGUGCUUGCCGCGCUCUGAUUGGCUGGCGUGUCUAGCCGCGCUCUGAUUGGCUCCCGCCGUUCGACCCCAAAGCAAAAGGAAAAGAGAAGUUGGCCCUGGCGGAAGUGAGGAGGCCGGACCCGCGGCCGUUUCUUGCCCACCCUGUCGUUGUUUUGGCCCCAGAGCAGAAUGCCAGCCCCCCGCAGCGCGGCCAGGACCCCCGCCGCCCUGCUGUGGCUCUCCGCGGCGGCGGUGAGCGCGGUGUUCAGCCCGGGGACGGACAGCGAGCUCACCUUUGUGCUUCCGGCCGGACACGCCGAGUGCUUCUUCCAGAGCGCCCCGAGGAACGGAACCCUGGAGGUGGAGUACCAGGUCAUUGCGGGGGCCGGUAUGGACGUGGACUUCUCCGUCGUCUCCCCUCAUGGCGUCCAGCUCAUCUCCGAGUUCCGUCGCUCUGACGGCGUCCACAUGGUGGAGCCCACCGAGGAGGGCGACUAUCAGCUCUGCUUCGAUAACAGCUUCAGCCGAUUCUCGGAGAAGAUGGUGUUCUUUGAGGUCAUCCUAGAGAACGCGGCCAAUGACCCGGGAGCAGACGAUGAGUGGGCGGGCCUUGGAGAGCCCGAGAACCUAUUGGAGUACAAACUGGAAGAUAUCAGGGAGUCGAUGGACUCCGUUCACCGUCACCUGGAGCGCAGUCGGCAGAUGCAGACGGUUCUGCGGGCGUUCGAGGCUCGAGACCGGAACCUGCUGGAGGACAACCUGUGGCGGGUCUCCUUCUGGUCCUGUACCACUCUGGUGGUCAUGCUGGUGGUGGCCGUCACUCAGGUUUACACAGUGCGCCGUCUCUUCGAUGACAAGAGGAGGAUCCGUUCCUGAGGCCACGCCCCCGUCCCGCUGAUCAGCCAAUGGGACCUGAGCAUUGGACAGGAGCAGGCUUGGGGGAGUGCGGAGGAGAGGAGGAGUUUAGACGGAGGCCAGCAGCGCGUUAAUGUGCAGAGAUUCUGUUCCAGGUGGUUUUGGGCGAUUUCGGAGUCGGUUCUUCGUGAAAUGUUGAAAUUGGGGAAAAUCAGGAGCUACAAGGUUUUGAGAUGAACGUGACAAUAAAGUUGCUGUUCUAACAAAAA